UUCAGAUUGCUUAAGCUCUUUUGGAAAUGAUUGGAUGUGAAAGAGCAAUAUGCAGCCUCAGUAUAAUAUUCUGUGUACAAAGCUCCAUAAAGCUACAAAGGCAUGUGUUAAAUGUUAAGUGAGAAUGGAACAUCAAAGGGAAGAUCGAGAGAAUUUAAGAUGUGGAUGUUGAAAAAGAAAGUGCAGCAACAGAUGGACUUGGAGGGAUUACAUGAAAUCUGGGUGGGUCUCGAACACCAAUUCCCAAGGAGGACCGGGAUGGGGUGAAGGGGGAGGAUUGCUAAAAAUAAAAAAAACGAGGGAAGACCUGAAUCAAGGCGAGUGAGUGAGCGGGUGGAGGAAUGUCGCAGUCAGUGCGAAAGGUGAAGGUCAUCUCUAUUCUUUUUGUCGGAGAAGCACCGCAGCAAUACAGGAGGAUGAAUUUGACAGAAUUUGUUUAAAGUGUCGCAGCAGUGAUUUUGCAGUCUAAGGAUGUAACAUCUAAUGAAAGCAAGUUGUUUGCGGUUGAGCAAAGCAUGCUAAAGAAUUCCCUGAAGAUAUUGAAGGGGAAAGCAGCCUAUGCCCUUCCAUUGCUAUUCCCUUACUUCCCUUCCCACCCAGACACACACACACACACACACACCUACUACAAACAGAUUAAAGCAGAUUAAUAUGGAUUACAUGUAAAGUUAGAUUUAAAUCAGGAGAUUGACCAAUCAUGUCAUCAAAAAUCUAAUCCUUUGAUAUUUUUCCCACUCUCUCACCCCCCUCCAGUCUUACAGCAUCUUUAAUUCCAUCAUAAUCUUAAGUGAGGGAAAUAAUGUUUUCUAAAGCAGGAGAAGUCAUUAAGGUGGAUAGACUCCUAUAAUUUACUCAUCUCUGUACGACAGAUAAACACAUAAACAAACCAGGGCUUUGGAAAUAGCCUGACAGACUGACUUUGCCUAACAGUGGCUCCAAUCCUAUACUUUGUGAUGCAAUGAUGAAGGAAAUAAAGCAUCUUAUCUGUAGCAGAGGUUAAAGAGGAAGCAGGAUAUCCUUAGGCACCAUAUGACGGAGAAUAAUGCAUCAACUAACCAGCCACAACCACGUGUUAAAUUUGCGUAGCAAAUUGCUAACUAAUGUGCACUAUACCAUGAAUGGUAACGGUGGUAGCUCAGACUACUUGGUCUCAUUGUUUUUUGAGGGUGGGCAUUCUUGGUAGAGAACUAGUUCAUGGCUCAGCUGAACUGUCUGUUACAGAUAUACGUAAUAGGAUAACAUAGAUAGAAGUCCCAUGAGGCAUAUGUCCGGGUUGCCGAGGUCUCUCCUGGGUUGACCCUCGGCAAAGAUAAAUCCCCCUUGUUCAUUUGUGCUACCCAUCUGCUGUUUUUCCCCAGUCGCCGGACUUUGCAUUGUCUUGUACAUACAUGAUUCCCCCUCCCCCCAACUCUCUGCCUCACUAUACAACUGUACCACAUGUUAAUCACUUCCAUUUCCUAAUCCAUCUGCACUGUUCCUCACCAUACCUUCUUUAAUCUUUUCUCUCAUUCUCUUGCUUUUAGUAUUUACUCCAUAGUUUUGACUUCCCCCUUUCACUGUGUGUGUGUACCUUCUCUCUAUUCUCUCCCUUGGUCACUUCUGGUACCCCUGUCCCUUGUUCACUUCCACCAUGUUAGAACACAUGUCCCGCCGCUCUCGGUCCCUUCUCUCCCUGUCGCUGACCUCUCUGGCACUGGCUCUGUCUGUGCUGGCCUUCUGCACAUCCUACUGGUGCGAGGGAACACACAAGGUGGUCAAGCCUCUCUGCCUGUCGCCUGUCAAGAUGAAGAACUGUGGGCAGAACAACAGUGAACCCUACACUACGGAGUCUCCCACGCCUGACCCUAGGGGCCCAUCCAAUCGGACAUUGUCACCAAAGCGGAGGGAGGAGCUGGCCAAAAUACGCCAGAGGCAAUUAGCCAAUGCCGUCCACUACAUCUGGGAGACCGGGGAGGACAAAUACAUGUUCCGCUACUUCCACACAGGAUUCUGGGAGUCCUGUGAAAAACAUGCGGAUGGUGAGAGGUGCCGCAGUUUCUUCGGACUAACACCAGGGGAAACCCAUGGAGUUCUGUGGUUGUCCAUGAUAUCGGAGUUCAUGUACAUCACUCUGCUGGGUAUGGGUUUCCUACUGAUGUGGUUGGAGGUGCUGUGUUCCCAUAAGGAGAUGCAUGCACUCAAAAUUAACGCUUUCGCCGCUGUCUGCACUGUGCUGUCUGGCCUGAUGGGGAUGAUGGCUCAUAUGAUGUACACCACCGUGUUCCAGAUGACUGUGAUUGUAGGGCCUAAAGACUGGAGGCCUCAGGAAUGGGACUAUGGCUGGUCAUUUGCGUUGGCCUGGGUGUCCUUCAGCUGCUGCAUGGGCGCUGCUGUCUUCACGCUCAACUCCUACACCAAGACCAUCAUCGAGCUGAAGCACAGGCAGAGGCUCCGCCUGGAGGAGGCGCGCGCCGCCACCCACGCGCCCUCCUAUGACGAGGUGGUGCCCGGGGGCACCCUCUACUCCAUCAGCAGCCUCCUGCAGUGCCCCGAAGGCAUCAUGGACACCAUGUGGUCGCCGGACGGGACCAUGGGAGUGGUGGAGGAGGAGGACGGGGAGGUGCCCACCCUGGUCCUGGUGGGCGGAUGUGGCCCGGACGGAUGUGAGGAUUGCGAGAGAGAAAUGGAUGAAAUGGAGGAGGCCAUGGAGAGAGAGAGAACAGACUCACCUUGUUAGAAAAACAAGAGAAAUUUGGAACAUUUGAAGGGGCUGAUGAUUUAGCCACGUGCUUGGAGCUUGGAACAGAUGCUAACCUGAAAUAACAAUAUACUCUAGUGGCUGUGGGAUCCUAGAUGCCGUGGAUUGUUCACUGUUGGACAUGUUGUAACAUUUGUGUUACUACUGUAAGAAGUGUAAUAGGCUAGCCUAAUAUAAGAAAAAUAAAAUCACAGGUUUACAUGCAUUGACUGUUAUGCAGUGAUUGUUUGUAAAAUGAAGGAGUUUGUGUUUACUUGCAGAUAUGCCUACAUUGUUUUUAUGUCAAAAGAGGUGCCUGCAUGAGGCCUGAUGCAUACUUUGAAAUAAUUUAAUUUGCAUGUCAGGCAUUUGACUGUAGCUGCGCUGGGCUUUGAUAUUUUGUGUGUUUUGCUUGUGUGCUAGGGGAGUAACAGGACAUGUUUCUCUCUCUGUGGAGCCAUUUCCAUUGCCCUCUCCUUCAUUUUUGCCUCUUUGUCCAGUGGUUGGCCUGUGGGAUUUUACCGGCUCCUUGUGUACUGAGUGGACAAUAGUGAGAGUGGAUGUACAACCUGACAGGAAGAAUAACACAUGCACUGACAGAGAUUAGUGGAAAGAGGGGGGGGGGGCUGAAAACAGGAGAUUUUUUGUAAGUCUGUUCUCAGAUGUUGAACACAAGAUUAUGUCUGUAAUCCUGAGUUGGAUGUAGAAUCAAGAGAAGAGAGGAGAUGGAGACACCAUAAACACGAGGUUACGAAAUGCCUGAGGUGACCUAGUCCCCACCAGCACACACACACACACGCAAAGCAGACUUCUACUGUAGAUAAUUGUAAGCACAUUACUUACAUAUACACACACCAAACCCAAUAGAUAAUUUAACUUUAGCAUUGGCAUGCACUGAUAAUCCUGGAUUAACUGUAAAUAUUGCUACAGGCAUUCAUUACCUCUGUCCAUUCU